AUGGGGAAGACACGCGAUUGGUUCCGCGUGAGACGACCUCUAAGCCAAUCGCGGCGCCGUGCGGCGCUCCACGUGAUCCUGCCUCAGCCAAUAGGACGCGUUCCGGGGUGCUGGUGGGGGUGGUGCGCGCCCACGUGGUCAGUCCAGAGUGGUCGUUCUGCCAUGGAGGCGAGAGGGGAGAUGAGCGACGCAAAGACGCGCAGGGGCAAGGCUCCUAAACACAAGAUGCCGAGCAGCAAGCGGAGGCACGGGCAGACGUUCAAGAACCCGCACGCGGCGUUCAGAGAAGAUAUGAUUGCAAAAAAGAAGGAAAUUGUUGUGCAUAGGUACAAGAAGAUGUUGCGAAAAAUGGGGCAAGGGCCCUCCCUCCAAGGCCGAGUGACAACACAGCAGGGGCCGAGCCAGAGGGCAGAACAGGGAAAGGGGACAAGGUGGGGCCGGCCGGCCCAGCCAUGGAUGGAAAGGGCUCAAGCGGGCAAGGGGGCGACACGACAGGCGACCGAGCAGAGCCCAUCACCGGAGGUGGAGGCAGACUACCCCGAGCACCUGCGGCAUCUGUACGAAGCGGAGGAGAAGGCACUCAGUGUCGCUGAACCAGAGAUGACGAGUCGAGUGCGAAAAAAGAAACCAAGUUUAUAUCAGAAAGCCAAACAAGAAUAUGAGAGAAUAAAUACAGAAAAAGCUAACAAAGCAGAGGAAAUCCAGCGGCGAAAGGAGGAGAGGGAGAAGGCAAUAAAGGAGCACAAGCAGCGCAGGCAGGAGACGUUUCGCAUGCUCUCGCAGAAAACCAAGAAGGGGCAGCCAAGGCUGCAGCUGCAAAUGGAGCACCUCCUGUCGAAGAUCCAGGCAAAUCGUGAUGCCACUCAAUGACCACUGAAGCUUGUCACCGAAGUCAUCGACUAAACGACUGAUAUUUAGCUUAAGUAUUCUCUGCCUAUAUCUGAUCGAGGCCAAUGUAAAAAGCUUUAUUUUUUUUGAGCGUGUAAAAUAACCAUGAAAUGAAAUACAAUGCAACGACAUCUGUAUUAGUCGGAAUUAUAUUGUAAUUAAAUGUAAACAUUUAACAGAAACAUUUGUGAAAUCCACGUGUUUAAAUCUGUAAAACCCACCUAGCCUAGUUCAUAACAGUAAAACUUGUCUGUAAUCGCAUUUUUAGGAAAAGGGUUUAAAGCAUCAGGUCCUGUGAGAGAACGGAUGUUUGCAGAGCUUUAACUAGCAUUUCUAAUGUGUGAACCCGGUGCAGGAGACAAUAUUUCUUAGUGUGGUCCAAACAAAGACAAUCUAGCUCAGAGGACACGUUGCAGAAUAGCAUUGCACAGCACAAAAUGUGUCAGCCACCAGCAUUGUGUUGUAGAAGGAAGUAAAAAUUGAGUUUUUGACCUAUUUCUGUGGACCUUUGUUCAUGUGCUUCCCUUGUAACGUGAGCUAUUCAUGAAUUCUGGACUAUUUUCACAAUUUGGUAUGACAUUUUUCUGGUAAUUACAACCAGCAUCAUCAGGCAAGAUAUCUGAAUAUUUGGCCGUCUUGGGCCUUAAAUAGGAGGUGUGAUGUCAUCAAUGUGCAUCCGCAAGAUGGCAGAAAGUGAUACAAAGUUAAUUGUAUAUGUAUUUUUUUAUUCGCUCUAUUUUUUGGAAAUGCAAGAGUUGUGAUACAGCAUGGGGAUGUCAUCUUUUUCAACCCUCUGAUUUUAGGAUUCCUUUUUAAUUGUGACCACAAUUGACGUAAACCAUUGAGGUGCAUCUUUAAUAUUAAGUUUCUGGUGAGGAGUCCCAUUAUCACAUUAAACAAAUCAAAACUUGUAUAUUUGAUUGGAUGCGUGUAUCAUGAAUGGAAGACGAUUCGAUGUAAUCAGUUAAUGAUUACGUGUCUAUUGUAAUGCCUCCGAAGCUUCUUUCAAGUUAUGCAUAUUGCACGAGCGCUUUUCAGAUUUCUAUUUCUCACAGUUCCUUUUACAUGUAUAAAACAUUGGUUGAAUAGACUACAUAAUGUAUUGCUUCGCGAUGUUGAUAUUUGUUUGGAAACUUUUUUCAAUAAAAUGUGGAACUCGA